AUGGAGUCCAGGGAUAAUACUGCUAACAUCGAGGGCAGUAGCAGUGAAGGGGCUGGUCAUAAGGUUGGUAGUGACUCCAUAGUACUGUUACGUCUGCUACAAAGGCCGCCGCUUCUGUCCACCAGGUUUGACGACGAAGACCUAAUCCAAACACUGGCACAACCCCGCGCCGUUUCGAAUGCUUCUUUCGGUCCCUUCAGUCGGACGCCGACCGAUAUCCUCCCCACAACUGAGUCAGAGAUUUUCUUCAGAGAGUUCUGGUGGGUCCCAGAAGCUGUGGUACCUGGCCGCCCCGCCAUAUUCACCUCCCUCUGCCAGUACUCCCUCGCCGCCAUCACCCUUUUCGCCGGCAUGUCGUCACGCUAUACCCUCGCCGCCGUCUCCAUCGAGGAAUUCCGUCAUUGCCGAUUCUCCAUUCUGGCUCAUCUAGGGAUGGGAAGCGCGCUGGAGACGCUGUCGGGCAGGCGUACGGGGGGGCGGUUGGACAUUGCUGGAAUUUACAUUCAGAGGUCGUGGGUGAUCCUCAACACCACCUCCGUCUUCCUCUGCUUCAUCUCAUAUUCGCGGCUGCGCUGUUUGAAGGCCAUCGGGCAGACUGCCGCCAUCUCCAGCCCGGGGACGUUCGCGGUGUGGAUGAUCCGCAGCUGUUCGCGUUCCGCCGUGAAUUUCCCCCAUCGCCAAUAUAUUUUGUGUGUGUGUGAAUAUAUUAAUUGGGAUAUAUGCAGCGUGAGGGUGUCGAACGAGCUGGGAGCAGCUCACCCGAGGACAGCGAAAUUCUCAGUGGUGGUGGUGGUGAUCAAUUCGUUCACCAUCGGAGUGCUGCUGUCGCUGGUGCUCAUCAUCGCCCGCAAGGAAUACCCUUCCUUGUUUUCCGACAACUCAGACGUGAAGGAGCUUGUUUCUGAGCUCACUCCGCUCCUUGCCGCCUGCAUUAUCAUUAACAACGUCCAACCUGUUCUCUCUGGGGUGGCAAUUGGAGCAGGAUGGCAAGCAUUUGUCGCGUACGUCAACAUUGGAUGCUACUACGUAUUUGGGAUUCCUCUGGGUCUUAUACUUGGCUUCAAGCUCAACUUGGGUGUCAAGGGAAUAUGAUGAAUGCUGUCGGGCACUCUGCAAACCUGUGUGCUCUUUGGGAUGGUUUAUAAGACCAACUGGAACAAAGAGGCUUCCAUAGCUGGAGACAGAAUUAAAAAGUGGGGGGGUGGCACAGAAGCUGAAGAGAACAACGUUGAAAAAUGAACAUGCACCCACGAGACCUAGCAAGGACAAAUUUUGGCAGAAUUCAACAUCACAAAAGCUGGCUAAGAGCAGGGAUCAAUGUACCAGGAAGUAAAGGACAAGUUCACUUCUAUUUUGGGAGUCAAAGCGUGUCUAGACACAGAAUCAUUUUCCGUUUUAAUUAUUCCAAGGGCCAGAGUGAAUGAAUUCGAAUGAAUUCUCUACUCUGAUUUCCAACAAAAGACCAACCCCAAGAAAGCAAGCUCAUCUAAAAAAUUGGAGUAGAUGUAACCUCACCCAACCCCAUCGCAUUUCUUGAGAAGAAACAUAUUUUCUUUGCUGCCAAUAAGGGGUUCCUCUGAGCCCCAGAAUGGGAAUUUUCACUGUUAUCGUAAAGCAUAGAUAAUUUGUAGUACCAAAACAAAA